GAUUUUCGCCCGUUCGGUAUAUGCCUAAAAAGUGUUCAUAUUCACACUAAAUACGUUUGAACUGGUAAACGUUGAGUAGAAGGAACAGAAAUCUGUGUAAAUAUUGUUGUGGAAAAAAAACUCGCACUGACUUUUUGUCAAAAGGCAGAAAGACCACGCCUGAAAAUCCAGGGGCGGAGAAGGAAUUUCUACUUUUUCACCAGUGAAACGCAGCCCAACUAUUUUCACUGUGUCGACGCAGUCAACCACCCGAUCCGAGAGAGAAGGAAGAGGACUUUUACAAUGGCUGGGGUGGCAUCAACGUUGGCCAAGAAGAGGGCUUUGGCCGCAGGAUUUGGCACUAAUGCCAAUGCGUCGAAGUACCUUAACCAGGACUUCAAGUCUCUCAGGAGCGAGUGUCUGAACAGAGGUUCACUCUUCACGGAUUCCACUUUUCCAGCCGAACCUGAGUCCUUGGGAUUCAAUGAGCUUGGGCCAAGAUCUUCCAAAACCAGAGGUGUGCAAUGGAAACGACCUGGGGAGCUGGUGUCCAGCCCAGAGUUCAUCGUUGGUGGCGCCUCAAGAACCGACAUCUGCCAAGGCGGCCUGGGUGACUGCUGGCUCCUGGCAGCCAUCGCCUCUCUGACCCUGAAUGAAGACGUCAUGGCCCGGGUCGUUCCUGCAGGACAAGGCUUUGGACGUGGAGAGUACGCUGGGAUCUUUCACUUCCAGUUCUGGCAGUUUGGUGAGUGGGUGGACGUGGUGAUUGAUGACCGGCUGCCAACGAAGGAUGGAGAGCUGCUGUUCGUCCACUCCGCCGAGGGCUCUGAGUUCUGGAGCGCCCUGCUGGAGAAGGCCUACGCCAAGGUGAAUGGAUGCUAUGAGGCUCUGUCAGGUGGCUCCACCACUGAGGGCUUUGAGGACUUCACAGGAGGGAUAGCAGAGAACUAUGACCUGAAGAAGGCUCCCUCCAACCUGUUCCAGAUCAUCAGGAAAGCCCUGGCCUCUGGAGCUCUGCUGGGCUGCUCCAUCGACAUUACCAGUCAGGCAGACUCAGAGGCCAUCACCAAUCAGAAGCUGGUGAAAGGACACGCCUACUCUCUGACCGGGGCUAUCGAGGUGAACUACCGUGGCCGCAAGGAGAAGCUGGUCAGAGUGCGUAACCCCUGGGGAACAGUGGAGUGGACUGGGGCCUGGAGUGACAACUCCUCUGAGUGGAACAGCGUGGAUGUUUCUGAGCGGGGCAACGUGAAGGCAGACGAUGGAGAGUUCUGGAUGUCCUUCUCUGACUUCAUGACCCACUACCAUCGUCUGGAGAUCUGCACUCUGACCCCUGACACCCUGACCUCCGAUGACAUCAAACACUGGAGUGUGUCCAACUACGACGGGGCCUGGAGGAAAGGAUCGACCGCUGGAGGAUGCAGGAACAAUCCCUACACGUUCUGGAUGAACCCCCAGUUCAAGAUCAAGCUGGAGGAAGAGGAUGACGACCCAGGGGAUGAUGAGGUGGGCUGUAGCUUUGUGGUGGGACUCAUCCAGAAGAACAGGAGACGGAUGAGGAAAGCAGGAGAGGACAUGCACACCAUCGGGUUCGCCAUCUAUGAGGUGCCAGAACAGUUUCACGGCCAGAGGGAGGUCCAUCUGGAUAAGAACUACUUCCUGAGUCACGCCCAGACGGCCCGUUCUGAGACCUUCAUCAACCUGAGAGAGGUCAGCACCCGCUUCAAACUGCCCCCUGGAGAAUACCUCAUCGUACCCUCCACCUUCGAAGCCAACCUGAACGCUGACUUCUGCCUUAGAGUGUUCUCCGAGAAACAGGCCGAGACACUGCCUUGUGACGACCCGGUUAAGGCAGAACUAGACGAU